AGAGGAAUAUGUACCAAAAUGGGGACGGAACCCUAAAACAUCUCGGGUCAAAUUUUUGAUUCGUUAGUCAUCACUGAUAGCACCAAAUCAGAUUCACAUGCACCUAACCGGGACAGUCAAACGCCACGAAGAUUGACCUAACACCAAAUCUCCAAGUCUCAAUAAUUUAAUCCAAAACUUCUACUAAUUUAUCAAUUGCAAGGUGCUUUAGACUGAAAUAUUAAUUAAUGCGAACAAUAUUGAAUUUCAAAGUUUAGUCCUUUAUAUAUGUUUGUUUCUCCGCUCAUUGCCCGCAUUGGAUUCAACACAAUCCGAAGCUUCUCAAAUUUCAGACCCAGGUGCUCAAAGCAAUUGCAGAUGGCCCCACCACCGAUCCUCGCGUUAGCACUGCCCUCGGAUACCGGUCGUGUCCUCAGCAUUCAGUCUCAUACUGUUCAGGGAUAUGUGGGCAACAAGUCAGCAGUGUUCCCUCUCCAACUGUUGGGCUAUGAUGUGGACCCAAUCAAUUCUGUUCAGUUCUCAAAUCACACAGGAUAUCCAACCUUUAAGGGCCAGGUUUUAAAUGGAGAACAACUGUGGGAGUUAGUAGAAGGUCUUGAGGCCAAUGAUCUAUUAUAUUAUACUCAUUUACUGACAGGUUAUAUUGGUUCAGUCUCCUUCUUGAACACAGUACUGAAAGUCGUCGAUAAGCUUCGGUCUGUCAACCCCAAACUUACAUAUGUUUGUGAUCCUGUGAUGGGUGAUGAAGGUAAGCUAUAUGUCCCUCCGGAACUGGUGGCAGUAUAUCGUGAGAAGGUUGUCCCCGUUGCUUCAAUGUUGACACCUAACCAGUUUGAAGCAGAGCAGUUGACUGGGUCCAGUAUCACUUCAGAAAAAGAUGGGCAAGAAGCUUGCAACAUUCUGCAUGCUGCUGGACCAUCAAAGGUUGUUAUUACUAGCAUAAACAUUGAUGGCAAUCUUCUCCUUAUUGGCAGUCACCAGAAAGAAAAGGGUCAAUCUCCUGAGCAAUUUAAGAUUGUGAUACCGAAAAUUCCUGCAUAUUUCACGGGAACAGGGGAUCUAAUGACUGCGUUGUUGCUUGGAUGGAGCAAUAAAUACCCUAAUGACCUCGACAAAGCGGCAGAGCUUGCUGUCUCAAGCUUACAGACACUUUUAUUGAGGACACUAGCAGAUUAUCAAAAGGCUGGCUAUGACUGCCAGUCGAGCAGUUUGGAGAUUCGGUUGAUUCAGAGCCAAGAUAACAUCCGCAACCCAGAAGUUAAAUAUAGAGCCAAAAGAUACAUCUGAGAUGUUUGUGUUGUCUCGUCUAUUUAUUGCUAUUAGAAUUGUCAUUGGAACGAAAUACUUUCAUUUGUACACUAUAAAUAAAAGUGGGCUCAUUUCUCUCUUGU